GCUUGAGGCUGGUCGGAGAGGAGCGCGAGGAUCUCAGGCGAUCCUCUGGGCUCAGUCACAAAUGAUGAUAGCAGUAUCAGUGGAGCUCCUGUAAACAUUUAAUCAGAAUUAAUUUUUACUGGGAUUUGAAACACAAGGUGCCACUGCCGAGAGGACGCAGAAUGCAGACUAUUAAGUGUGUUGUGGUGGGCGACGGGGCGGUGGGCAAGACCUGCCUCCUCAUCUCCUACACCACCAACGCCUUUCCCGAGGAGUACAUCCCCACCGUGUUCGACAACUACAGCGCUCAGAUGAGUGUGGACGGCCGUACGGUCAGCCUCAACCUGUGGGACACGGCGGGGCAGGAGGAGUACGACCGCCUGCGCACGCUCUCCUACCCGCAGACCAACGUCUUCAUCAUCUGCUUCUCCAUCGGCAGCCCCUCGUCCUUCGCCAACGUGCGGCACAAGUGGCACCCCGAGGUGUCCCACCACUGCCCCAGCGUUCCCAUCCUGCUGGUGGGCACCAAGCGGGACCUGCGCUCAGAUGUGGAGACGCUGAAGAAGCUGAAGGAGCAGGGCCUGGCGCCCACCUCUCUCCAGCAGGGCGGCGCUCUGGCCAAGCAGAUCGGCGCCGUCAAGUACAUGGAGUGCUCUGCGCUGCUGCAGGAGGGAGUGCGGGAGGUGUUCGUGGAGGCCGUGCGCGCCGUGCUCUACCCCGUUACCAAAAAACACGCCAAGAAGUGUGUGCUCUUAUAGUCGGCCGUGACAGAGAUGAACUCGUGAACAAGCUGCGCAGCCGCUCUCGCUCUUUCUGAUUUGGUUUCGCUGACUUCUUCGUCUCUCAUUGCCUUGUAAAUCAGUCUGUUGAAGUUGCUUGCCUGUUUUUUUUUUUUAUUGUUGUUGUUGUUGAUUAAUAACAGUUUGUUGCCAGUAGGGGCGUGGCGAUAAAUCAAUUAGAUUCUGCGAUUUUCCGAAUGCAUCGCGAUUCUCUCUUGAAUUGAUUCUGAUUCUUAGUUUUGAACAGCAGAUGGCGCUGCGUGCUUCAGAAACAGCUAAACUCUGCUCGCUUCCAGUUCCAUACUCGCACACCACUUGAACAUAAAAUAAUCAUUCAUGAAGUUCUUAAAGGUUGAAGCGAAUUACAGUGGGCUGUGUUUACAUUAAUCUCAUGUCAUAAAAGCUGAGGUGCAACUGCAUUUAACCACUUACAUGACUCAACCGAAAGCACAAGCGCUCUUCUUCGUGAGCAUUUGAGUGUG